UUUUUUUCAACUCAGAGAUUAUAACUCUGUAAAUAAAUGGUUCCGGGUAAGUAAAUACAUUAAUAAUAUUAAAACUAUGUAUUGGUCUGGCCAUUUCCGUAAUGUUCACUUAAAGCUGGUUUGCAGGAGUCUUGAAUGCGUCUCGACAGUAAAUGUUGGCAUUGCGAUGGUGACCAUAGCGGAGCUGCUGGGUCUCCUGCUGGUGUCGCUGCUGUGGGGCUGCACCAACCCCUUCCUCAAGAGGGCCGCGGAGGGCAUCGAACAUGUCCGACACAACAACAGGGUCUCGCAGCUCCUGGCUGAGGUCAAGUUCCUCUUCCUAAACCUCAAGUACCUGGUCCCGUUUCUCCUGAACCAGACUGGCUCGUUGGUCUACUACUAUACACUUUCCACCACAGAGCUAUCGCUCGCCGUCCCUGUGGCCAACGCUCUCACCUUCCUCUGCACGCUGUUCACCGGAAAGUUACUGGGGGAGGAGUUCGGAGGGAAACAGGCUGUCGCAGGAAUGUUCCUCACCACGGCCGGCAUCGCCCUCUGCGUUAUGAGCUCCGUUGACGGCAGCCACACCGAGAAGCAGAAUAUCACCGCGGCCGCACACUCAUUGCGAUGAGGAGUAAAACAAAGCCUCCCUGACCUUCAGGAGGACAGAUGGCCAGAGCAGAGUUGGAUCGGGACCAACGGCCCUUUAGAUUCACACAGCGACUUCUUAGAGGAACGGCCGGUGAGAGAAUGGAGCCUGAAUGAAGUCGGCGUGAGCUUCAGAAGAUCUGUCCACAAACCCUGACGUGGGUUCGUGUCGGGUUCACCUCGAGGCCAGACCACAUUUAUGGGGCUUUGCGAAGAAGUUUGUGGUUGUUAACGUUUACUUUUACGCCCUCAGGCAAAUGCUCUGGAGGCCACAUACAAAUAAGGAGGACACAUUGCUUUUCUUUGCCCUGCAUACGGAGAGUAUUACUGAGAUGGAUAUACCACUGUUAUUUAGUUCUUGUGUCCAAAAAAGUUGCACAGAUUUCAGAAAUAACUGAAAUAGUAACUUGUUUAUGUUGUUUUAUAUUGUACACACAGUUUGUUGCUAUCUGUUGUCUUCAAUGUCUUUAAAAACAAUAUUUAUCCUGCUAUUUGGAAACUUGUAACUUCCGUGUCCGUACAGUGAGACUGUCCGUGUAACCGGAGUCAGACGCCAUGUCUGCACGUCCACGUGGCCAAUCAAGCCGAUUCUGAUCAUGUUUGUUUUAUUGUCAAACACUGGACAGACGGCCUCUUUAUUGCCGCGUCUAUUCAGCUGGUGAUUUGGCUAAUAUGUUAAUAAAUUGUUGGCAAAACA